AAAAUAGCAACAGGUAUAACUGAAAAAGACAACAAAAUGGCUCAGACAAACAUGCCCAUGGGCCCUUGGAAGAUCACUGUGUACGAUCAGGAGUACUUCCAGGGCAGGCGUAUGGAGUUCACUGCCUGUUGCCAGAACAUCAUGGAGUGUGGGAUGGAAAACAUUCGCUCCCUGAAGGUCGAGUGUGGCGCCUGGGUGGGCUAUGAGCACUCCAGCUUCUGCGGCCAGCAGUUUGUCCUGGAGAAGGGAGACUACCCCCGCUUUGAGGCCUACAGUGGCAGCAACUCCUACCGCAUUGAGAGGAUGAUCUCCUUCAGGCCCAUCUGUUGUGCUAACCACAAGGAGUCCCGUAUGACCAUCUUCGAGAUGGAGAACAUGAUGGGUCGUCAGUUCGAGCUGUGUGAUGACUACCCCUCCCUGCAGGCCAUGGGCUGGAUGAACAACGAGGUUGGAUCCAUGCACAUUCAGAGUGGAGCCUUUGUGUGCUACCAGUACCCUGGAUACCGUGGCCACCAGUACAUCAUGGAGUGUGACUGCCAUGGAGGAGAGUACAAGUGUUACCGCGAGUUUGGCUCCCACUCCCAGACUCCCCAGAUUCAGUCCAUCAGGAGGAUCCAGCACUAA